AUAGCUUUGUAACAUCAUCUCUUGAAUAGUGCAGUCGAGAAAUUCAAAUCUUUAUUAGUUAUACCUGUUGUUGUGAAUCGUAACGUCACUGUAAACCUCGUGUCGUAUUACGUUAGGAGCUGUGAGCUUCGAUGAAUAAUUAUAUGUUAUUAUCUCCAUUCUCAAAUAAUUCCAGCCGUCUUCCCUUUCGCCGUGCAACUAGCUUAAUAAAUGAAAGGGGGGAAAGCUGCUAUCGUUUAACGUGACGGUGUCUUCACCUUUAAGAUCUUUCUUUGCGCCUCUGACGCUUUUCUUUUCUUCUCUUUUCUUUUAUUUUUCUUUUUUGCAAAAACACGUAGCGAACACUGAUCACAGAAGUAUUUCGUACACUUAGAAUUAGCGUCCUAAACUGAAAAUAAAAUAUUAUUUGAGAGAGCUUAGCCACUUAAUUAUUUGCUAGGUUGGCAGCCAGUAGAUUGAUAAUGCAUAGUUUUCUGUGUGGAUAUUUCUUCAAGUCGUUACAUUGACAUUUUAACUGUGCAGAUAUGAGCACAGACAAGUUGUAGCGUGUUUGCUGGUCGUAUAUCUUUGCUAUAAGCUCUCAUGUGGUAGGGGCGUGAUCGUAUUGUAUUGUGGUUGGAUGAGGUAAAGUGAGGGGGAGGGAGUCGAGGAUACAUAGGCUACUGACUUUUUUUUAAGUAGUUGUGUCUUACGCCCUUGGUUUAACCUGAAGUUGUAGGUUAGGUUGCAGACGUUGAGAAAUAAUGACAACCAAGAUGUUGCUGCCAGCCGCAAGAAUUGCAACGAGAAGGCUAUUGUCAACGUCUGCAGCCGCAAGUGCUCAACAAAUGACUGUUCGUGAUGCACUGAAUUCUGCACUUGAUGAAGAGAUGGCGAGAGAUGAAAGAGUAUUUAUUCUUGGUGAAGAAGUUGCACUUUAUGAUGGAGCAUACAAAGUGUCUAGAGGUCUUUGGAAAAAGUAUGGUGACAAGAGAGUUAUUGACACACCAAUCACAGAAAUGGGCUUUGCUGGACUCGCCGUGGGAGCAGCAAUGGCGGGUUUGCGGCCUAUAUGUGAAUUCAUGACAUUUAAUUUCUCCAUGCAAGCAAUUGACCAGGUUAUAAACUCUGCUGCCAAGACAUUUUAUAUGUCUGCUGGUUCGGUGAAUGUACCAAUAGUUUUCCGAGGACCUAAUGGUGCUGCAGCUGGAGUAGCAGCUCAACAUUCCCAAUGUUUUGGUGCGUGGUACAGCCACUGUCCAGGACUGAAGGUGGUCUCGCCCUACUCGUCAGAAGAUGCAAAAGGACUCCUUAAGGCUGCUAUCAGGGAUCCAGAUCCUGUAGUUUGUUUAGAAAAUGAAAUAUUAUAUGGUGUUCAGUUUCCUAUGAGCGAUGAAGCUCUUUCAAAUGAUUUCCUUAUUCCAAUUGGCAAAGCAAAAAUAGAGCGACAAGGAAAGCAUGUGACUAUAGUUGCACACUCUAAGGCAGUCGAGUUGUGCCUGCAUGCAGCAUCACAACUUGCUGGUGAAGGAAUAGAAGCAGAAGUAAUAAAUCUGCGGUCAUUGCGCCCUCUCGAUGAAGAAACCAUUGUCAAAUCGGUAGUUAAAACUAACCAUCUUAUUAGUGUCGAACAAGGAUGGCCCCAAUGUGGAAUUGGUUCUGAAAUCUCUGCCAGGAUUAUGGAAAGUGAAGCCUUUUAUCAUCUGGAUUCUCCAGUAAUCCGUGUAACUGGAGUUGAUACACCUAUGCCAUACUGUAAGACGUUAGAAGAACAUGCUCUACCACAGUCGAAAGAUGUUGUCGAUGCAGUAAAAAAAGUUUUGGGUGUAAAGUAACUGGUGAAGCUGGGGACAUAAGCAGUGUGACGUGCGUAAAUUAUUGAAUUCCGUGUGAAAUGAUGAACAUUUGUUAUAUAGUUUGUUAAAAAUUUUAUUGUUUGUUGUCUCAUUUGUUUGUUGUAAAUGUGAAGUGAUUCACACAGUGUGGCUGCAGUUACAGAGAAAUUUGUUGUCGCUUAAAUUAAGUCUACCUCAUAGGCAGCAAAUGAACACUUGAUAUUAUGUAGACAAAUUUUUCACAUGAUUCCUGUGUAAUUUUUUUUUACUCGGAUGAGCAAAACAGCUGCAGAACAAGAGUUAAACUUGUUAGUGUUGUCACUGCAAGUUCAGGUGCGGCUUGAAAAUUGUAAUGUUUUGGAUGGAAAGACAUGCAUAGUAGUUGGUGAGAAUAGGUAUCAUUAGAGAUUAAUUUUAUGAUAUUAUUUUGAAUCUUCACUGGCUACUGAUGUGAUUCAAAAGUGUGUUUUGCUCAUGAAUAAAUACAUAAAACUGGACUAUAUCAUGGUGUAGUUGUGUGGGAUUUAGGUUGUGUAUUAAAUGAAAACCUUACCAAACAAAAAUACUACAGUGCUUACAAUCUUAAAAGAAAUACCAUUCCAUUCUCAGUGUGCCAGCACAGAUGACAAAGUUUAAAAAAUUUUCAUUUGAAGCAUGCAAACCAGCUGCACUCAUAACUUCAUCCUUUGCAAUACAUGCUGGAGAGAAUUUUAUGCAUUGGUUAUUACUCAGAGGCAGUUCCAUUGUGUGAAAAAGAAAUGUGCUACAGUUCACCAUUGAGGAAUAUCUCAGUUUAUUGUGAUCCAUCACUACUAGCAUAUAGAGUGUAAGGAAAAUGAAUCUCUUUCCCUCCCCCUCUCUCGCGGAGAGGGGGGGGGGGGGGGGCAGAAG